CCCACCUAUGAGGCCGCUACCUUGACGAAUCACUGGGACCUCGUUGCCAACUAUUUACCCAUCCACGACCUCUGUUCCUGCGCUUUAGUCUGUAGCCGCUGGCACACUACUUUCAGCCCUUAUAUUUGGGGCAAUCCAGCAUCCCACUUCGGCGCCGAUAACGAUGCCGUUCAUACCGCAUUGACCCGGUUUCAGCGAGCGCUGCGGACAGUCAGGUUGCGUGUCCGGGAGUUGACGCAUACCCUUCACUUCUCUGCGAUCGAUGCGGAUCUCUUCGACAGCCCUGAUGAGCAUUGGUUGGGAGAUAUCCUCGAGAGCUUACCCCAGUUGCAGUCUUUGAUCGUGAGAGGACUGUCGUUCUUCGAUCAUGGAGUUUUGCAGGCGUUGAGCUUGGACCGUAGCAAGUCAAAGGAGGCUCGUCGUUCCGGCACAGAGCUGCCCGUCUCAAUCGCGAAUGCUCCGUUUGGCUUACGGUUGUUGGAUGCCUCGAGAUGUGACAAUGCAACCUCGCAUGGGCUGGCCAAGGCUCUGAGACGUUUUGAAACUCUCAUAUACUUAGAUCUGUCCUUCACUGCCGGUGCGAGAAGCUUUGCUGUUAUGGCGGCGAUUGGGAAUUUCACUGGUCUGCAGGUCCUCAAGCUCCGCGGCAUUCGUCUUCAUGAUGGAGGACUUGAACAGCUUUGCAAACUGAUUCGCCUGAGAAUCAGAAGUCUGGACAUUAGAGACAACGAAAUAACGGAUCGCGGUGUCAAUGCGUUGCUUCUAUUGUCCUUCCUUGACGGCCCAGAAUUGGCUCGUCAACGACAAGCUCCUCUGGCCGCGGCCAGCAAAUAUCAGGGUGAGGGACUUGAGUCCUACCUCCGCAAGGCCUUUACGAGCGACUUUGUGGACCGCUUGGCGAUCGAGGACGCUCCAGCUGAUGGUCUCACUCAUCUCUAUAUUUCUGGCAACCGAAUCACAGUGGACGGAGUGUAUGCGCUUUUGCGGACUGAAAGAGUGCAUGUUUUGGAUGCUGGAUCGAUCAAGUUGGGUACUGAACAGUCAUCGUCCACGUCAGGCCAAGGUGCGCGCUCCAGAAUGCAUCAGUGCGGUAUUGAGAAAAUCAUAAGAGCGCUGAAGGAGGAUGCCUCUGGAGCUUUGACAUACCUGCGUGUUGACCAUCGCCUCGUCACUUAUGGGACUCAUCGAAAGAAUGAAUCAGUAGCGGGCCUUGACGAAACGCUGGUUUCCGUUGAUGCGUUGCAGCUGAAUGCAGCACUUGGCGGAGGUCAAAUCGACCGCAUGGACACUAGUCAGCAGGAACCGCCGCCGUAUGAGGCCGACGAUGGCAUUGCUGAGCCAGCUCCCGGCUACGGCACUAUUUAUACAGCUACCGCCAACGAUUCCGUGGAGAGUAGCAAGGGACAGGAAUACUCGAGAGCCGAAGAAGUCCAUCCUUUGACAACUCACACGCAGUAUCCCGCUGUAUCGCCUCCUGUCAGCUUCCAGCCUGCCAUGCUGCCCUGUCUUGAAACACUAGUCCUCACAGACUUCCCAUCCUUCUCCUCCAACCGCACGCUGGCCAAUCGUGUCAUAGCAUUCAUCGAAAGCUGCGCUCGAGAAGCUGCUUCCGCUCGCCGAAGGGCGGUACUUGACUACGAUGUUGCGCCAGGUCGCAAAGGCUACGCUUCUACACUCCAGGCAUCCGCUAGGAAGUCUUUUGCGUUGACGCGAAUUGUGCUCGAACUUGCUCCGCCACGUCUUCAGCAUGAGAUGGAUGUCAUGACGAGCAGUUUCGGGCGGCAUGCACAGGAGAUGAAGUACAAGUCUAUGACCGAAGACCAAGACAGCGAGACAUUCUGGUCGGCGUCGGAGAAGGACUUCAGCUUCUUCUCGGCCGACGAGGACUCCACGGUGUCGACCUCAGACACGGUCGCCGCUACUAGCCCUCUGCACGCUCCCACGCUCGAGAACAUCUCGGUCGACAAUAUUGCCUUGAUCAGUGCUUUUCGGAAAGAGCGAAAGCUGGCUGCUCAGCGUAGUGUUGAGGCGGGCGAGGUCGACGCCGAGAUCGAAGGGCUCUGGGACGGGAUCAUUUCGGUCGUGAGAGACAUUGGGUCGGCACGUCGGGAUGAGGAACUGGUCUAUUAUGGGACAAGACACAGGACG